AAGAAGGGGCGUAAUUAGAAAUUGAAAUUUAGAAGGUGAAAUAUAAUUUUCAAAAUUUGAAGGGCGAAAUAGAUAAUUUUGUAACUUUUUAGAUUAUCACUGGCAUUAUCAUAUCGCACAUAUGAAAUAACCUAACAGAUAAAGCGUGCCCCGACAAAAAGAAACAAGGCAGACGUUCAGCGGGUGUCUCUACUCACACACACUGUUCGAUAAAAGUCCUGAAAGAAAAUUUCGUUUGCCUUUCUCAGUAAGCUGUUGCAUUUGUUUUACAAGCGCGAAAUGAUUAAUCUAUGCAGGUUUGUUAUUGUAAAAUGAGCAGUUCUUCCUUUCUCCGCAAUAUGGCACCUGUAAAUGUUCCUGUCCUCCAAUUCAAGACUUGUGAUAUCUUUGGGAACUACUCAAAAGUUUUUAACUUUCUUCCAAUACAAACUACCAAUUUUCAGGUGAUGACAUUAGUGGCAAGAAGAAGGGGAAAAAUUAAAACAGAAAAUCCAAAAGCUUUAAACCUAAGAAGGCGAAAGAAGUUUAAUGGCACACCUAGAAAACCAAGGCUGUCAGUGUUCUGUUCAACUAAACAGUUAUACGCUAUGCUGGUAGAUGACCAAAACAAGAAGUGUUUAUUUUAUGGAAGUACUUUGCAGAAAUCUUUCCGUGAUAGUCAAUCUGAUAGCACUGCUGAAGCUGCUAAACGUCUUGGUGAAGAGCUUGUUAAGGCUUGUGUAAAUCUUAAUAUUAAUGAAAUAUCGUCUUACGAUCGCAAUGGUUUUCCGCGAGGUGAAAGAAUACAAGCAUUUGAGAUUGCAAUUUCUGGACAUGGGUUCUUGCCAAGAUAGUUCUGCACCUGAUUCUGCAUAAUCUGCUCUUUUGAAUACACAUAUCUCAUUUUUUCUGCAAUGCAGAAUCUAAUUAGCAUAAAAUAACUUCUGAUUAUGUUGAUAAUCUUCAUAAGGACUUGUGGGCUUCAAGUUAUAUCUGUUGUAAGAACCUUUUUUUUCUUUGGCUUCAUCAAGUUCUUGUGCUACUUCAAGGCUAACAGAAAUUGAAAAGGAAACUUGUAUAGUAGCAGCACUGUUGUCUAAAUAUUUGACUUGUUGAUUUGAUUGGCCCCUCUUGGAUGGUAGUAAAAAUUUUGUUAUGACCUUUCGGAGUUAACAGUUA